CGCUCUGGACCGUACUUCCAAGCUCCAAGGCGAUCCUCCCAAUCCUCUCGCAGCUGGCACCAGAGAACUCGUACCUCCUCCGCGCGUCUUUUGAUGAAGCUGCAGUGGCGACGUAUGUUGGUGGCUACGUAGCCAAGCCCGUGAUGGGCCGCACGGGUGCGAACGUCUCUAUUUAUGACGCCGAGCACCAGCUCAUUAGCGCGACGGCCGGCAAAUGGGACCAAGACACAAUCGUGUAUCAAGAAAUCGCGCUUCUCCCUCAGUACGAAGACGGCAAGUACGUGCAGGUCAACACCUGGGCCAUUGACGGCAAAUACGGCGGCACUGUGCUCCGGAUUGACGAGUCCAACAUCAUCGGGCUCAGCUCCGGCAUUCACGCCAUGCGAGUUGUGGCAGACGAAGUCGUCGCCUAAGCGAUCCGCCUGAAGUUGCAGCGAUCAAGAACCACCGCAACAAACUUCUAUAUCAACACAUAAUGAUGCCCACUACUUAUUUAGUAAUGAAUAAUUAUGCAUGAACAUAUUGC